AGUCUCGCCGCGGCCACACUCUUUGUCAGGUCGAACCCAAGCUGUGUGAUUACAAGAAAAGCGCAAAGAAAGCUCUCGCCCAGUCGAAAGUCGAAUAGCAAUAGCAGUGGCAUCCACAACAGCAGAAGCAGCAGCAACAACAACAGGCAGUAGCAACAACCGCAGGCAGGAGCAACAACAACAGUGCGGCAGCAGCAUCUGCAGCAACAACAGUGCGGCAGCAGCAUGCUGAACUCGAAUGCCACCGGCGGCAACAAUCAUGGGGGCAGCAGCCGUCGGCCCUUUACCCGCAAUUCUUCAUCGGUCCGCUCGCAACGCGGCGGUGGUGGCGGGCUGGGCGGUCGCAUGGUAUACUCGCCACACACACAUCCGCACGUCCAGCAGCAGCAACAACAACAACAGCAGCAACAGCAACAGGGGCAGCAGCGGUCCAGCAAUAACGGCAACAACAACCUGUGGCUGGGCAACAGUCCGUGGUGCAACGUCAAUUUAAACGGUGGCAACAGCGGCAACAACAAUAACAACGGUGGCAACAACAACAAUAACAACGGUGGCAACAUCAGCAGCAACAACAACAGCAACAAUGUCAAUAACAAAGAUGCAAACCCAAAUUGCCACAGCCAAGGUCAGGGACCCGGAAAUUCCCCCAAUCUUGGCCACAAUCACCAACGUGGCUACAACAACGGGAAUAACAAUCGGGGUAUCGGGAACGGGAUCGUAAAUGGUAAUACCAAUGGACCACCCGAUUAUAUGAACUACCGACGUGGCGUGUGUCCGGCUCAAUCGCGGGACUAUUCCGGCAACGGAAAUGGAAAUAACAACGGACAUGGCCACAAUGGACGUCGGUAUAUGUCCGAUAACUUGAACAACCCGUCCUCAUCCAUGAAUGGCCUGAUCAAUUCCGGACACCACCAGCGCAACUACAACGACAGGAACUUGAAUAACCACUUUGGAAACUCCGAACAGAACGGAGGACCCGACCAUCGGGAUCGAGCUGAGGGUUCUUCGUACAACUUUAUGCGCAACGGAGGAGGUAGCGGGGGCGGUGGCUACGGACGCAAUGGAUCGCAUUACCAGCACAUGGCCUAUGGUAAUAACAACGGUGCGUCCACUUCGACCGGCGGACCAGGACUUAUGGGUGAACUGCCCUCGGGUUCGGGCCUGUCGGGCUCUUCGCUGUCGCUGAACAACGGACCCGGAGGCCUCAACUCCGACAGUCCGUCGCGUAAGCGCCGCCGCAUCUCCGGAAGACCCCCGAACGGACCACAGCCCCAACACCGUUGUCCGAUGGCACACAUGCAGCAGGGAAGUCCGCCACUUAGACGCCCGCGGUUGCGCGAUGUGGCUACCUCCACGCAGCAGCAGCAACAGCAGUACGGCCAUCAGGUUCAUCAUCCUCAGCAGCAGCAACAGCAGCCGCCAUCCAACUAUCACCCGAUGCACCAUCAUCAGCCACAACCGCACUACGUUCCUCAGCAGCAGGUGCCACCGCCGCACGUCCAGCGUUCACCGUGGGAUUUGGGCAGCAGUGGAGGAAGCUCGGGAGGAGCCACCUCCAGCAGCUCGGUGGGUCCCAUUCUGCAGCAGGUGCAGGCGCCGCCGCAGCCACCGAGUCACCAGCAAGCGGUUGGCUAUCCACAAGCACCGCCACAGCCCGCCUCCCUGAUGGUGGACCUCAAUCUGAACCAGGUGCCAGUGAACCUGCAGUUGCGUCCCUCGGAGCCCUUCUGGGCCUCCUUCUGCACCUAUCCUAUACCGGCGCAGGCUAGACUAGCACCCUGUCACUUGCACGGUGUCUACACGCAGCCAUUCCCCGCCGCCCCACCACCAGGACUGGCCGCUCCUCCACUUCAACAACAGCAUCAGCCACUUAUUCAGGCCCAGCAAAUGAUUUCCCAGGCCACCUUGACCGCCCAGCAGCAGCAGCGGGAUGUGGUGGCCAUUGCAACGGCCAAUCUGGGACCCAUUGAAGCGCCGGGUGCCCAUGGCCAUCCUCACGCCCAUCCUCAUGCUCAUCCGCAUGCCCACCAGCUGCCGCCGGGCAUCCAUAUCACGCCGCUGAGCGGAGCGGCGGCAGCGGCCGCCACCCAUCAUCUACAUUCCACGGCGGCAGCUGCAGCGGCCGUCGCUGCCGGCGCCCAGAUAACCACCGCGCAGCAGAUCCUCUUCUCAUCGGACCGCCGCACAUUCCCGCCCCACCGCCGCAUACCGCGUUUCUGGACGGCGAACCAUGGACAUCGUCACGUCCUGCCGCCGCAGUCGCUCGCCGCCCACCAAGCUCCUGUCCAGAUUCAGGCUACGUCGGGCAUCAUCAACCCUGGCUUCUUGCUCAAUUUCCUGGCCAUGUUCCCGCUGUCGCCUUAUAACCAACAUGAUCUGAGCUCUGGCGACACCAAUGAGACGGAGAACUACGAGGCGCUGCUCAGCCUGGCCGAGCGAUUGGGUGAGGCCAAGCCGAGGGGACUCACCCGCAAUGAGAUCGAUCAGUUGCCCAGCUACAAGUUCAACCCGGAGGUGCACAACGGCGACCAAUCAUCCUGUGUGGUGUGCAUGUGUGACUUUGAGCUACGUCAGCUACUGCGCGUCCUGCCCUGUUCCCAUGAAUUCCACGCCAAGUGCGUGGACAAAUGGCUGCGAUCGAAUCGCACCUGCCCAAUUUGCCGCGGCAAUGCCUCCGACUACUUCGACGGCGUCGACCAGCAGCAACAGUCGCAGGCAACAGCCGGAGCUGCGGCUGCAUUGAGCGGCACGUCCGGCGGAAGUGCCGGAGUGGCGGGAACUUCCGAGGCUUCAGCGGCCACCGCCAAUCCACAGCAGAGCCAAGCGGCCUAGACCGGAAACCCUAUUCCACACACCUCAAGCUUUCGCUUUUCCGGGCGAUGAGUGAUCGGGACAGAGGAGCAUUCCGGGCGUGGAGGGCUGGUCUUGGGCAGGGGGACCCACCUCCCACCACCGCCAUCACUUGAUGUAACGCGCAACGAAUCCAACUGCCAAACCGUCGACGCUUCCUCCUCAGCUGUAUGCCCCCGCCCAACUGGCCACGAAUAAUGUUUCCACCCGCUCCGCCCCUCGGCCACGCCCACGCGAAACUCGCCGCCUCUUCAAUAGCUUGUCUUAGACAUUAGUUCGUAUGUGAGUAAUGGUAACCGUAAUUAGGAGUAACCCAUAUACGCGUACCACCAAGAAUUCAACUAUAGUUAAACAGCGUAUAUAUAUAUAUGCGCAGAUAUAUUUGUGUGUCUGGAGAAUGAUAAUGGCGUAAAGCAAGUGUCUGUAUAUAAGCCAAGAUUUGCACAAAAAAAUUAACAAUAGAAUUUCUUUGCCUUUACAACUCGAGGAUAUCCUAUAAUCCAUUCAAAUAACUAUAUGCGAACAAAUAUAGUGUAUUCAAAUGCUUGGCAGCGGUCACUCAAAACCCAGAUGGUUAUGGUUAUGGGGCAUUCAGGAAUUAUUAAUCCCCAGAGGGCUUUUCGGGACCUUUUGAGGCAUCGGUGCCAAAUCGAAAUGGUUUAUCUUGAAUUGUUGCUGUCCACACGCAUAGCCAUGCAUAGCUCUAUAUUAUAUAGAAUACAUAUUUAAGCAAAGCGAAAUAUUUGUAACUUGGAUUUGUGUUUUCACGCUUUUGAGUUAGGCUUGCGUAUUUACUGCUUCCUCUACGUAUUUUGUAUUUACUACCAUUACUUUUAGUUUUAAUAACAACAACGUACUAUAUUUACCCAUAUACGACUUACACAAAAAACAGCAUAAAUAUAGUGCAUUGCAUUUUAUACUAAUUGUACGAACUGAACCCACUGAAGAAGUUCUUCUUCUUGCACUAGCAAAAGAAAAAAAAACCAACAAGAAAACCAAACAGAAACAAUGAUAAUGAUAUCCUAUGAGGGGAAAAAAAAGAUCGUAUAUAUAUAUUUUGUUCGUUUCUACUGUUCGAAAAUUAGUAACUAUAAACGGAAGCAACUAACUUUGAAACAUAUAAGCAAUCUUUGAAAUCGACUAAACCAGAUGAACGGAGGACGAUAAGCGUUUCAACAAAUAUACUAUAUAUAGAUGCAUAUAUAUAUACACACACACACACACACGUACACACACUUACAGGAGGGAAAGCAACCAUUAAAAGAAUUUAGCAUACAGGCAUAGAAACAAACAUACAUAUGUAUAUUGGUGGGCUUAUUAAUGUAUUCGUAGUAGAUGUGUGCGUAAUUAAACAUAUUGCAAUCGCUAUGAGAACACAAGUAUCGUAUAUCGUAACCAGACUUUUCCAGGGCAGCGUGCGUGGGUGGUGAUCUCAGCCGCCCACCGACCGACCAGUCCAUCCACUUCCGUAGUAUUUUUGCCUUUUGAACUGUAACGUCUGUAGCUCUAAACACUCUAAAGCAUUAACAACAUAAACAUAAACACACACACAACACACACCUUAACCUCCUUCAAUGUGACUUGUCUAUUAAAAUUGCAUCAGAUGCGAGUAUUACGAGUAUCGUACAUAUAUACACAUAUAGAGAUUUUCCCUCUGAUAUAAGCGAUUUAAGCGACUUAAGCGAACUACGUGCACUAGCCUUUUGAAGCCGGAUAAGGAGAGCAAAAGCAAACAUUUUUACCAAUAUACAUGUACAAGUACAAGUACGAGUACCAUACAAUAAUUAUCUAUAUCUAUCUAUCGAUCGAUCGGUAUACACAAUUAACCAAUUAACGUGGAACUAAACCAAACGAGAAAUGAGAAGAACAAGUAAAUUGAAAUGAUUCCUGCCCUCCAUUCGUAUUAAAAAACCAUUGAAACUAACUCAACAACUUUUUAUAGCAUAUAUAUACUAUGGAUAGCAUUGAUUUUUUGUGAGAAUGGAUAUACAUAACAUUAGUUUAGCCCCUUCGGGAUGGCCAUAAGCCGCAUCUAUUGGCCCAUCCGUUGCUUAUAGCGAGAGUUUGCAGCACUUUUCCUACCCAAAGCCAACCAGUACUAGCUCCCCCGUUCUCAAGUCCUUAAUAAAGCUAUGCAUUACUGAAAUCUUGAUACCUAGUAUAUGUGUAAAACGUGUGUGUAUUUAUUAUACCCGGUAUUCGAAAAGGAUAUCCAUAUUUCGUGACUUGAAAUCCAACACAUAAAGACAAACUUGUCCGUUUAAGAAUAUAGAAAAUGUAUUUGUCUGAACUAUUUUGUUGAUUAAAUAUUUUCAUCUCCAUAAAACAACAACUUUUUACAGAAAAUAUUGUUUAUUUUUGAAAGCGAUUCAGCAAACGCCCCAAAGUUGGCAAUUAUUGUUCGCCAGGAUAAUGACUACUGGGUAUCACGUAAUCGGAUCAUCCGAUUAUAGCGUUCUUUCUUGUUUUUAAUAUAUAUGAAUGGUAUUUCCAAAAGACCAUUGUAAAGGUGUUGUGCUUUUCUAGAAUUUUAUUAGUAGGAACAUCAACUGAAUGAUAAACGAAAACCCAAAUAAAGUUUAUUUUUUGUCACAAUAACAGAACGUUAUGAUAAAAGCAAAUAACUAUAUAUAGAAUAUAUUAUAUACAUGAAUUGAAUACCUUUUAUACGUGCACUGACAUAAUUACUUACGAGUAUGAGUAUAUGUAAAAAAAAUUCAAUCAACCAAGCUAAGCGGAAAAGAAACAUUAUUUAAUCUUAUUAUUUUGAUCCAGUUUCGAUACUUUCACGCUUUUCAGUUCGUUAUAUAGCCUCCGUCUAUCCUGAACUAACGCACUAAUACUACGUGUUUCCAUCGAAUAGUUUUUUUCCAACUCUCUUCGGGUUUUUUAUUUUCCAGACUAUUAACAAAAAUCAAAAGCUUAUCAUAAAAAUAUAUUUAUAGUAACAAAACAAAAAAAAAAAAAAAACCAAGAAAAACACAAACAAAAAAAAUUAUAAAGUUUUGCUGUGAUGUACGUUAUAUAUAUUUAAUUACAUAAAAUGCAAUAAAAUUUAAAACAUAUAAUGCAUAAUUCCAAAUUAUUACAACAACAACAAAUAAAUGAAAAUAUGAAAGAAGAAUGAUUAUGAAAUACAAAAACAUUUUAUGCAUGAGAAUUUCUCCAAAAAAACAAAAAAAGUAAAAAAAAAACAAUAUGUACGACAUACUAUAACAUCUACACUUGUCUAGAAUUUAUGCAAUUUUAAAUGUGACUAUUAUUUUACAUUUUUGUAGACAAGAACCGAGACACUCUUCUAGUAAUUGUAAAUCAGUUAACCAUAGUAUUAAACAAACGUUUUUCAGUGGCAUUGUAACGGUGAGCGGGCGUUUUUAAUGUUAAUUGCAUUAAUUUCUAUUUUCGGUUUUGUAUUAACUCGCAAAAUUUCAAUAAAAUUCAAUGAACGUCAAU